ACGCACGUUUUGAGCUAGUCUUCUAUAUUUAGGGCGUUGCGGGCCUUGUUUAUCUGUGCCGUGGUAGCUAUAUUUUGAAUUUGUAAACUAUGCCUCCGGAGCCUCCACAUGCUCAGAACAAAUUAAAUGAUUUUGAAAAUGAAGAUACAAGAAGGCAAGAUGAGGCAGCUUUAGAUGGAUACCGACCACUGUCAUCUCAUCCAGUUGAUGAUCAAGAUGCUUGUAGUGAAUCCUCAGAUAGCAGCAGUGAUGAUUCUGAGGUAGACAAUGACAACCAGCACCACAGAAUAUUCAUGACAAUACAGUGGCCUGAAGAGAACUCUGAGGAGCAGGCUUCAGAUGACAACCCUGAACCAAGCUCAGAGCACACAUCUUGUUCAGCUGCGGUGAAGCUGGACCCCUCGCAGGACACCCAAGCUCGCACAGCUGCAGCAGGAGGUCCCAAAGAGAUCACCGCUACUGCCGAUCACAAGCGCCUUUCCGCUAGAAAGGAGUGCAAUGCCACCGAUCUGAAGGACCGUUCCGGGGAUCGGGAGAGCUCCUCUGGGACGGGGCACAUGUCUGAGGACCAGACGGAGGCGGUGCGGCGGGCGAUGCAGGCGGUUCGGCUGCCGGAGGACGCCAUGCCGGAGUGGGCGCGUGGCCUCUCCGAUCUCCAGUGUCAGCAGCGUAUCGGACAGAUGGUGGCGAAAAUAACGGGCCAGAGGUAGCGGCGGCGUCUGUGAUCACGUUGAACUUUCUGUGCGAUGCGCGUACAUUCUUCCUUAUUCAUUCCCAGACGCAGUACUGGCUCUUUCGUCGCCAGCGUGUGAACAAAUGUGAAACCAACGGAAUGGUGAGAACGGCGAUGUCUCUUUCAAGAAAUGUAACCGAAUGCUUUUUACGUCAAUGGAAUGGCUUAUUUUAUGUAUUCGUGUCAUACCAUGUGUAAGGUGUGGUCAAGCGUCGAUGUAACGCCCCCCCCCCCCCAUGCGAGUCCGCCUUGGAUGCGCUGUGACCGCCCUUGCGUGUAUCCCAUCGCAUCAGUGACGUAAAGAACAUUUAUUUUAUUUGAGUAAAGUUUAUUAUACACAACUAUGAAAUAAACUAUCACAGAACAGAAGAGAGUGGAAGGAUAUCCGCACUCCCGGAAAACUCUGGAGCUCUCCACGAUUCACUCUGGCCGCACGUGCACCAUUGAAAAAAUAAACAACCGGGGAAUUA